AUGACUUGUGGUCUAGUUGGAGAUGGUGACGAAGCCUCCAAUGGUGACAAUGAAGAUGAAGACGUAGAUCGAGCGCUUCUUGUGACCCAAGAGCAAUCAGAAAGCUGUCGAGCUCUUGUAGGUUUGUGGAGAAUAAAGGCACUUGAGGACUCAAGAGGUUGGCUUGAGAGAACCACUGUUGAGGAUAUGGAUAUUGCGGUCCGGGCUCACUUGAAUAGAUGGAAGUUCAUCUUCCUCAAUGAUAUAUCAAUUUGGAAGAAUGCUAACUUGAUUUUCCUCUUCUUCCUACUGAGGAAACUGAUUCUUCCAUUCAUCCUUCCAUUAACAAUGUUUAUACCAGAGGUUGAAUUACCUACAUGGGUGAUCUGUUACUUGCCCAUCUUGAUGUCCCUUUUGAACAUCCUACCUGCCCCAAAAUCAUUUCCUUUCUUGGUUCCAUACCUACUGUUUGAGAACACCAUGUCACUGACAAAAUUCAAUGCAAUGGUGUUAGGGCUAUUUCAGCUGGGGAGUGCUUAUGAAUGGGUUGUGACAAAGAAGACAGGGAGAUCAUCUGAAUCAGAUUUAUUAGGGAUGACCGAGGUGGCAUUGAAGUCUUCUAAUCAACAGAAGCUCCAAAAGAGAAGAUUAUCUGAAUAUGAUCUAGCAGUUUCAAUUAAAUUACAUAAACAAGAAAAGAUCCCAUUAAGAAACAAGAAAAACAUCUACAGAAAGGAGCUUGUGCUUGCAUUUUUUCUACUCACUGCAUUUGCAAGAAGCCUAUUAUCAGCUCAUGAUUCAGGUUUAGGUUCAGUUUCAGUUUCAGCUGGUUCUUCAUGUUCGGUCUUGGGUUUGUGUUUAGGAUUGGGAUCUCCUUCAGGUGCAGGUGUACCUUUGGCUUCAGGUUGCAGUUCUCCUUCUUCCAUCUCACUGUUGCUGCCACUCUCUCUGUGCACUUCUUCGUCUUCUUCACCUCAGUACUCUUAG